ACCAAAAAAUUCUUCUACUGCUUGAUAAUGCUGCCUCUUACUUUGAUCCAAAUGAAGAAUAUACUGAUCAAGAUAAAGCUAGUUCUGCUUCUGAAAAUGAAUAUAUUGAAUUAAGUAAUAGUAUUGGCUCAUCUUCUAUGAAAUAUAAAGCUCUUUAUUAUCAUCAUAUUUUAAUGCAAUAUGAGACUGACGAAGAUAUUAAUAA